ACUUUUGUAAUGGCCAACGUAGGACACUUCACGGACAGAAACAAGGACAUUCGUGCGGCUGGUUUCAGUUCGCAGGGACUCCUCGGAGAUGGUGCCAAAGGGUGCCUGAUCUUCAACCAUCCAGAGGAGCUGGCCGAGCACCUGGUCCGGACCGAUUGCGCCAAAAAUCAUCCCAGACCGGAGGGACUACGCACCCCUUUUAUGCCGGAGGGCUCCCUGAAGUACCUCCUGACAAAUGAGCUGAGGAAGUCCCGGUUUGUGUCCUUCAAGGAGAAGUUCUACGAGGAGUUGUACUUCAAACAGGCGAUUGUGGGUGAAGUGAAGCCGGCCAAUUCGAAGCCAGACAGUGUCACCAAUCUGAGCCAGACCUUCGGCAAGCCAUCGAAUUCCACGGACUCCCUUUACUCCAUCAUAAUGCCGGUCAAGUCGGCCGAGGAAGUGAAUCGGGAGUAUGGAGAAUUCCAUGAGAAGCACAUCGUUAGCCACAAUCACUACUUUCCCGCCGAGCAGAUACAUCGACACUACAAGAAGCCCUUCGAUCGUUCGGAUAUCUUUGGGCACUUCAAGAAGGCCCUGGACACGGGCUUGAAGGUGAAACGCUGCUUGGUCGAGGGCGAGAACCAUUUGAAGGUCAUUGGCAAGGCUCAGGUGGACUUUAUGGAUCGCACUGAAGCUCCUUUGGGCCACAAGUUCCGAAGCUAUCCUUCAAAAGUGCCCGACCUGGUGUUCGGUCGUCCCUGCGUGAGCAACGGCAGUGUCAAGGCGUUGAUAGACAACGUGGAGUCCUGCGGGAACACCAAAUUCCUGCGUGCCUCCAUCAACUAUCUGAAGGCACUGCGUAUGAGUCUCCGCAAGAGAUCGGACUUUCAUAUGAGCGUCUUCUACUCCCAUCUGGAGCGGCAGGAUCCGGAUAACACUGGUCACCUGCCGCUCGAUCGCAUCCUGGAGAUCCUAGAGAACUACAAUGUUCCCACCGAUGCUGUUAAAUUUCGAUAUCUCAUCAGUCACUACCGGAUGUUCGUGGACGAGUGCUGUGCCACGGAGCGGGUCAACUACUCGCACUUCUGCCGGCUGCUCUCCAUCCGGGAGACACUGCCCACGGGGGCGUGCCUGAGAAGCACCCUGUCCAAUGACGAUAGCCACAAGGACACCACCUAUCGGAUGCUAUGCGCCGAUCUCAAGAAGACACCCAACCCGGAUCGGCCGAAAGUCAUGUCCCCCGAACGCCUGGAGGAUGCGAGCACUCGUGUCAAGGACCUCAUUACUCCAGAACUGGCCACAAUCCGAGGCCUGGCACCCACUGAUUUCGAGAGUCUGCGAUCCAAGUCUCAAAUCCAACAGAUCUUCAGAAGACUCAUCUCCAGGGAGGAUUUCGAGGAGGUGUGGCAGGAGUUGAUGGAGAAGCUUCCCGAUCAGGAGCAAGUGGCUUCCGUGAAUCAGUUUCGCGAUCAGAUGCACAUUUUUUCGGCAGAGACCUCAUGUCCAUUGAGACCAAAUUUAAAUGCUAAUAUAGAAAUAAAUCAACAAAAUAUGUAA